CGGGUAAAAUAAUAUUUUACCAUGUGAAAAGUAAACCUCAUGUUAAAAUGGCAUUUUGCUCUGAUUACUUUGAAUUUUAACAUCUGAGUUUUCUCAGAGUAUAUAUAGGUAGAUUCGUGCCCGUCUGAAAAAAUGCCUAAUCGCGUCUGAAUCAUCAACACACUAAUCACCUGAAGUCGCAUGGAUAAUUUCUCAUUUCUUAUCGAUUUAACAAACAACGUCUAAAUUUAUGCAAUGAUUCAGGCUAUUUGUAGAAUCUAUAUGACCAAAAUAUGAUAAGACCUUAUCAUCGUAGUAAAACAGACCGCUGUGAAAACGAAAAUUAUCUUUAAAAAAAUGAGUUCACGAUAAGAGACGCAGCGUGUAUUUUUCAGAUGGUGCCCCUGAUUCGUCAACAUCGCGUAGAUCAUGUAAUAUAUAAAUAUAUAAUGCAAAUAGUACGGUAUAUAUGAAAGGCAUAAUAUCCAAGCAGCGUUGAUAUAUCUCGGUUAUUUUUUCCUCUCGUGUGUGUAUAUAAACGUUGUCGAUUCAUCAUCAUGCUCAUGGAUAUAACGAAUCGCUGGCACGCUCAUACCUACAUAUUCGAAAUAGUAAAUACAGUACAAACUCGAUGCAUGCAAUCGAACCGAAAAUAUCGUUGGCUGGAUAGAUACAAUUCAGCUCUAUCACCCUUGGUUUUCGUGCGCAAAAUAUGUUUUCUAUUGUGUAUGUAUUGUUGUUGUUCAGCAGCGUAUAUAACGUCGGCAAAAUUGAAAAAAAAAACAAACCAACCGAUGUUUUGUAUAUAUGCAUUUUAUAAAAUUCUAUUGAGCAUAGUACCGUCACCAUGCUCGCUCUAUUCUUUAUAUGUGAACACAUUUAGUUGCAAUCACAAAACAUAUCAUCCGAUUCACCGACAUGUUUCGGUUUGAAUACUUGCUCUUGGGUACUGCAGAAGCAUUUUAUUCGUUUCAUUCUCUUUGCUGGUUCUUCUUCUUCUUUUUCUUCUUAUUCAUAGUCGUUUCUUUUCUUGUCUUUUCUCUUUUGUGUUGCAACACUGUGUUGAAACACUUUUGUGCCUGCUCAUUUUCUUUGGUCAUCUGAUCCGUAAACAUCUAGUAGUUUUUAAAAACUGAUUUUUUUUUUAAAUUUACAUUUUGUUGAUAGCCUUUUUCUAUUUAAAGUGUUCUUUCAUACAUUGGAAAAUAAAAUGAACGAUUUUGAAAACGCUACUCUCGAUGAUGAUGACGAUGCUAACGAAGUGGUAAUGAAAUGGAGACAUGAUUGGAAACAAUUAUUCUCUAGGGGUGAAAUUGCAAAUAAAACAAUUCAAAUAGCUCCAAUGAGAUACUACGCACCAUGUCGCAGACAACAUUAUUUCUAUGACAUUUUCGUCCUCAGGCAGUAUGGAGAAGUUGAAUCAGCAAACAUUCAAUUUGAAAACGAUGCCAUUAUAUGUGGUCUUGUUCAGUAUAGAGAUUCCAAAAUAGCUUCUAAUUUGGUUGACCGAGGUCAAAUUUUUAUUCGGAACAUUGAAUAUAAAGUAAAACCAAUGAAUGCUCUGUACACAAGUGUUGGUAUGAUUGAAUGUUUAGAAAAAUUAAAAUUGAACGAGCUGAAAUCUGAACCAUUUACACAGGACACUCAAAAUAAUAUAAUUACUGUUCUGAAUGAUGAUUGUUUGCGCGAAACAUUCAGAAAAUUUGACAAAUUGAGUGAUUUCCAUUCUAUUGCAAAUGUUUGCAAACAAUUUAAUAGAAUCGCAAAGGAAGUAUUCUCUUCUGAAAUAAAGUAUGAAACGGUAUGUUUUCUAAAUAUAAUGCAUCCGGGAUAUGAAGUUACUUUGUUUCAAAUUGUCAAUUUUUUGAGUAAUUUCGGUAGCUCAAUUUUUCAUAUAGAGAUCACAGAUGAUUUGUUCGAAAAAAUACCGGACGCCUCAAAUUCUCUUUUCAAAUUGAUCUUCAAGCACUGCAAAAAUCUUCGGAAACUCAAUUUAUUUAGCCAAAGUAUCAGAAAAGAGUGUUUGCUUGACAUUUUUCCAAUUCUUUCGCAAUUGGAAUGUUUAGAAGUCGAUUUAUCGUGCCAAUCAGAUAUGGAUCUAUUAAAUGAUAUUUGGAUUUAUUGCACUCAGUUGAAAUUUUUGCGCAUAAGUGGUUAUCAUUGCCCUCAAUAUAAUUUACCUGCGAUCAAUUUCCCAAAGUUGAUCAAAUUUCGCGUAUACAUACGGAAUAUAUCUUGUCAAGAAUUUUUAGAACGUAAUCCUCAAAUAGAAGAUUUAAUUAUUCCAUAUUCAUCUAAAUUAGCUGAACUAAUAGUUAAAAAACUACCAAACAUUCGGAAAUUGAGUUUGCGUGUUGAUGAAAAUGUGUUUACUGAAAUAGAUUGUGUCUACCUAAGGCGUCUUGAACAUGUAUAUCUUCACAUGGUUUUCCACAUAAAUGACUCACUAAUGAAUUUGUUUGCAUUUCCGAUGAAAAAUAUCACAACCCUUGCUCUUCAUGCACCUGCCAACUUUGACCAAAAUCUUUUAAUUGAAUUGACGAAAAAUUUGCAUGGUCUAGAAAAAUUAACCAUCCGAUCAGACGAGUAUGAAUACGUGGAGCCCACAAAUAACAUAACAACGGCCACGCUUAAGGAAAUGUUGCAUUUCGCUAAUCAGUUGUCAGAAUUAUCCAUAUUUUGCACGAACAACUUUAUUUAUUAUUUCGAUGAGAGCGACUAUUAUAAUAUAUUAGAAAAUAUUAAAAAACGAAUCAAUCACAUCAAUCUAAAAGUUAAUAUUCAAUGUAAUGCAACACAAAUAGUGUAUAGCGCAUUGGACUCGUCAGCUUCUAUUAAUAGAUUAAAAGUAAUCGAUUUUAAUAUGGAUCCAAAAUGGUUGUCUGUUUCAGUACUCUAUAAAUACGAUUGAAUAGGCAAUUGCUGAACAGGGGAGAAUCUGAAAAACACAUACACGGAUGAAUUGCAUAAUUUUUCCCAAGAUUUCAUCUAAGGCGUAAAAAAUUUAUCCGUUUAACUAUCACAUAAAUAUCUGAAAAUUAUACUUUUAUUUCAUCGAUAUUCCAUCAGAACGUUUAACAAAUCGAAAAUCAUGAAGUUUAGACAAUUGUAAAUGGCACAGUCUAUUUGCCCGUGACGGUUUUUCGGCUACGAGCGUUGAGCAAAAAUUUGCUAAACGCCCGUCCAAAUCGACGGAUGAAACUUUACGGGCGUUUAGCAAAUUUUUGUUCAACACCCGAAGCCGAAAAACCGCCACGGGCCCUUUUUUCACGGGCAAAUAGACUGUGCCAUUGUAAAUGCAUAUCAAUAAGAGCUAAGUAACGUUUAAAGAAUGAAUUAUAAUACAAAUAUAAAUUAAUUAAAUAAAGCUUAUGUUUUAUGAAA